GAGAGAGAAAGAGAGAGAGAGAUACUUGCAAAGACACUUCAAGACUCUUUAGAGUCAGAUAUCCAGACAUCUGUGGGAACCUCUGCUGCAUGGCUUUAUCAUUAACACAGAACAGCAAGAGUGGGAAGUUGUAGAUCUCUGCUCGUGUGUGUGUGUGUGCUGGAGCCAGUGAUGAGAACCACCACAACACUCAUGCUUUCUCUCUCUCCUCCACGUCAACCUUUGAGUUGCACUCAUUGCCUUCCCCUGGAUUAUUGCACCUUCGUCUUUUUUUUCUCCCAUUGCUGAAGACGCCUGAGAGGAACUGAAGGAAGGAUUUACAGCUCUUUCUAAGGUUUUAAUCACAAAACUCAUGAGUGCAUGAAGGAUUUUUCUUCAGCGGGAAUAAUGCCUUCGUGCCAGGCUGGAAACUCCUGGUUCCCGGUGAUAUUUGGUGCUGCUCUGGUUGUUCUCACAGCUGGAAGUGCUGGACCAAACCAGGACAGAAGGCAGGCUGGAGCGUCCUCGUGCUUUGGGGGCUUUGAUCUGUACUUUGUUUUGGACAAAUCUGGGAGUGUGCAGAACCACUGGACCGAAAUCUACCACUUUGUUGAACAUCUAGCUCAUAAAUUCAUCAGUCCACAGCUGCGGAUGUCCUUCAUUGUUUUUUCCACUUAUGGAAAUAUAUUAAUGAGCCUGACAGAAGACAGGGAACGCAUACGCAAAGGCCUGGAGGAGCUGCAGAGGGUUCUUCCAGGAGGAGACACCAUCAUGCACGAGGGCAUCCUGAGGGCCAGUGAACAGAUAUAUUAUGGACACACAGAAGGUUAUCGCACUGCCAGCGUCAUCAUCGCUCUGACAGAUGGAGAGUUGCACGAGGAUCUCUUCUACUACGCUGAGAGAGAGGCCAAUCGUUCGCGGAGUCUGGGAGCCUCAGUUUACUGCGUGGGGGUGAAGGACUUCAAUGAGACACAGCUGGCGAAGAUUGCUGACAGCAAGGAUCACGUUUUCCCUGUAAAUGAUGGAUUUGAGGCUCUGCAAGGGGUCAUCGAUUCGAUUCUGAAGAAGUCAUGUAUCGAGAUUCUGGCAGCGGAGCCGUCAAGUAUCUGUGCAGGAGAGUCCUUCCAGGUGGUGGUGAGAGGAAAUGGAUUCCUCCAUGCUCGAAAUGUGGAUAAAGUCCUGUGCAGCUUCCGAAUAAACGACACCCUGACAAAAAUGGUGAAGCCUUUGAUUGUGGAAGAUACAUAUCUUCUCUGCCCUGCACCAGUGCUUCAAGAUGAGGGGAUGGCAGCAAACCUUUAUGUCAGUAUGAAUGAAGGUCUCAGUUUCAUCUCAAGUUCGGUCACCAUUACCACUGUGGGAUGUUCUGAUGGGACCAUCCUGGCCAUAGCUCUGCUCAUCCUGAUGCUGCUCCUGGUCUUGGCUCUUCUCUGGUGGUUCUGGCCUCUGUGCUGCACUGUGAUCAUCCAUGAACCCCCACCGCCAGUCGAGGACGAGAGUUCGGAUGAUGAGGACUUUGAAACCCCAAAAAAGAAAUGGCCGACUGUAGACGCUUCCUACUAUGGAGGAAGAGGAGUUGGGGGAAUCAAAAGGAUGGAGGUACGCUGGGGGGAGAAAGGCUCCACAGAGGAAGGAGCAAAGCUGGAAAAGGCCAAAAAUGCCAAAGUGAAAAUGCCUGAGCAGGAGUAUGAGCUGCCCCCCACACGAGUUCUUAACAACGGCAUGCAAAAACCCCACGGGCCACGCAAGUGGUACUCACCAAUUAAGAACAAACUGGAUGCACUGUGGGUUCUUUUAAAGAAAGGCUACGACCGUGUGUCUGUAAUGAGGCCUCACCCAGGUGACAAGGGCAGAUGCAUCAACUUCACCCGCAUUAACUCUCUGCCUCCUCGCUACCCACACUACGACCACCAUUCUUCUCCCAUCUACAACCCCCCCAGCAUGAAUCCGCCGCCACAGAGCAACCUCCCGCCGACCCCCAGCCGCUCAUCGUCGUCAUCUCCGUCCUUCUCCUUCACCACGCUGCCACCGACCCCUCCUCCCAUCGACAGCACCCCGGCUCCUCCGAUCACUCCUCCCCCCUACACGCCACCUCCCACUCGGGCUCUACCACCAACCAAUCUCUACAUACCUGCCCCACCGGCGGUCUCGCCUUCACCUACGCCCCCUGCCUCCCCAACUAGCUCCCUGCCGCCGCCUCCUCCUCCUCCACAGGCACCUCCUCCUGGACGAGCUCCGCCCCCUGUGCGUCCACCACCUCGCCCUGGCCUGUAAACCUUUGACCAUAGACCAUAUGUAAGAAAUGGACGUAGCCUUCCUGGUUGGGAAAGUAAAGCCUGUAGGAGGUAGGGUGUAAAUUCCAGUUAGCCACAAUGGGGCGACUCAAUUUGAAGGGAAGUCUAUGGGAAAAUGAGCUUCUACUUCUUACUUGAUUUAUCACUAGUUUCAGCUCUUCUUUGAUAGAACGUUAUGUCCUUUUUGUUGAUUAUGUUCCCAUUUAGAGGACAAUAGACGAUAAAACGUGGCACACAUGAGUGGACAACAUAUGACUGACAGGUUGCAGGUGAUGUCUGUGAAGUCGCAAAUCUUUGCCGCUUCAAAUGGGAGUUCAUUUCACAACCGGAAGACUAUGCCCACUUUUUAUAUACUGUCUUUGGCUGUGGAACAAGACACUGAGUCCCACCAGUGAUCAGCACACGGACAUGUGAGUGUUUGAGCCUCACUCAGUGGGCUGUGGACACUUUCUGACUUUUUUUUUGUUUUGUUUUUACAGCUAUUUGUCUACAGGGACUUUUGUACACAUCUAGCCCAACAGUGCAAUUGCUGUGAUGCUUGAAUUUCACAGACGUUCCCCAUAAAUGAGGUCAUGUAGGUCGGCUCAAAAACAUUUGCCUCUGGUCGUGUGAGCUGCCUCAGGCCCUGCUGUCCCCGCCACGAGCACACAAGAUUGGAUUAAUCAGAUUGUACUUCAAUGGCUGCAGACACUUGGACGAUAUGCACAGUCGUGUUCAAAAAUGAUCUUGACACUAAAAUAUGCACUAAUUCUAUCUUUCCUGAUAAGAGGAAUCUGAAAUCUCUUUCUUUCUGUUAUGAAUGUUGAGCAAUUGCAUGCAACAGUGUUUGAGUCUGCAUUUUUGUUCCUUUAAAAAGCAUUUUUAUCUUGUUUUAUACAACUUAAAACACAUUUGUUUUUUGUUUUCCGUCUUCAUAGAAUAGACCACACAAUUUUUGAAUUUUACUUUUUUAAAGUUAGAAAUAAACACUCGUUGCUCAAAGAUGUAGUGCACAACUUUUCAAUAUAAACAAAUGCCUCCUAGAUCCAAACCAUGGUCACACAAGGUCACAUAUUGCAGCUCCACACGACUCUCUUUUCUUGUAUUUCUCAGCAUAACGACAUUUAAAUGUCAUGUCACCCGGCGACAUUCUCACACUGCACAC